GGAUUGGGUUGCUGGGCGGGAAUGAAUGGGGUUUUAUUUUAUCCAUUAUUUGUUUUGCUUUUGGAUUUUAUUUUAUGUACACUUCUAGGUACUUCUACUUUCGGUGGGCAGAUGUCGAGACUUGGAUCGAGAUAUAAGUGUCGCUACUUCCUUCGCUACUUCCUUCCUUCCUUGCUUCCAUCGUUUCUUCCUUCGCACUCGCACUCGCACUCAAACAGGAACUCGAACAGGAGCAGGAACAGGCACUCGAACAGGAGCAGGAAUAGGAACUCGAAUAGGAACAACUUGCCUACUCGGGUGUCCUGGGUUGCUGGUUACGGGACGGGACGGGCGUCAUCGGCGUGGAAACAUCUGUCUGCGGGGCAGCCGUUGCGAUGUUUCCCUUCCGUCAUAGACAGUUAGAUGAAUAGAGUAGAUGGAGUGAUGUUAUGGAACGACUUCUGUAACUUCUGG